CAAAAACAAUGGCUGAAUUGUUUGUUCCAAAGAUAAUAGAUGAAUUGGGUGAUGUUGUUGUGAACCAGCUCGGGGAGAAGAUUAACCUGGUGAUGGGGGUUGAAGAGGAGGUGGCAAAUAUCAAAAGAAAGUUAGAAACGAUUCAAAGUGUGCUGCAUGAUGCAGAGAGACGAAGGCAGAAGGAGAAACCGGUCGCAAAGUGGCUAGAAGAGCUUGAAGACAUAACAUAUGAGAUGGAUGAUGUCCUGGACGAAUGGAACAUCAAGAUUCAGAAACCAAAAUAUGAGGGAACUCGUCAUUGCGGAACAAGGUAAUACUCAUUGAUGGCUCUAACUGAAGCUACAGCAGAAGGCAUUGGGGAAUCAAUCUCUAUAUCAACUUGUAGUUAGGCGAUG